AUGAUCAACGAUGAUAGGACUAUUUACCGUUUAUUGGAAUGUAAGGACGGACUCUGGACUGCUGGCCCCUUAUCCGCAGAGAUCAACGAACACAUCUUCUUCUACCGCGAAUUCGUGCGCGGCGUUACAGAUACACAGAAAACCUACCGAUUUAUCAAAUAUGGAAUAAACACCCAAGUAGAAACAGUGAGGGUCUUCAACACCUACACUAGAAACCGUAUCAACGGUUCCAACAACAAAAACUACACCAAUGGCGCCAACGACCAGAACUAUACUAGUGAUCCUAACUUCACUAAUGGUUCUAACGAUGAGAGCCAUACUGACGAUUCUAGCGACUCUGCACAAGCACCUAUCUCUAGGGUUGAGCCUAAUAUUGUUAUGCAAGAACAGGGCAAUACCGAUAAUCUUCUUCUUACACGGGCUGCAGAGGAUGUGUGCGCUUUGCUUCGGACCGCCAACCAUUCCGCUCGCAAUCAUCCGGUCCCACAGAAGAGCAUUGGUAUUUUCGAAAAACUGUUUCGCCGACAAAUUGUUGACGAGGGUGCUAAAGCUGUGGCUGAACAAUGUGUGGCGCUAUGGAACCAUGCAGUGGAAAGGGCAAAGGAAAUAUUGGCCUCGCAGGGAGUCAGGCAUGACAGAACCAUGGGAAGGGUUGCGGACAUGAUCAAAACAGGACGCGAGGGUUCGACAACGCUGCGGGAGACCUUGGCGGGUCACAGCGACAAGUGCGAAGACAGUGAUGAGAGCGAUUAG